GUCUUUGCACUUAUACACUAUUAUUCAUCAGCAAUAUGGUUCACGCUGCUACUCAUCCCAAAGAUGCUCCCAAAAACUUUGAUUUCAUCGUUCUUGGAGGUGGUGCCGGUGGUUGUACCGUUGCCGGCCGUCUUGCCGAGAACCCAAACGUGUCUGUACUUCUUGUCGAGGCCGGUGUGAACAACCCUUCCGAGAUCACCGACAUCACCACCCCGGCGAAGGCCAUGGGUCUGCGAAACUCUCAGUACGACUGGAAGUACAAGACGACCAUGAUAGACCGACCAGACUAUACUCGUAUCGAGAAGCCUAACACCCGUGGAAAGGUGUUGGGCGGCAGUACUGCGCUCAACUAUUAUACCUGGGUUCGAGGUUCGGCCGCAACCUUCAACGACUGGGAGGAGUUUGGUGGUUCCACUUGGAACUGGGAAAACACCAAGGAAUACUUCAACAAGUCGACCACUUACCACGACGACCUUGGUCUCUUCCCUGACGACAUUAAAAGCAUCGGCAACAAGGGUGGUCCCGUCGACAUUUCUCACUCUGAUUUGGUCCCCGAGCUGAAGCCUUGGCGUGAUGCCCUCGAAAGAGCGUGGGUGAGCAAGGGUCAUGAGUUGACCGUGGACGUCUACAAUGGUGUCCAGAAGGGUCUCUUCAAGUGUGUCAACUCGAUCUACAAGGGUGUCCGAUCUACUGCGGCUGCGUUCCUUGAGGGCAAGCCCAACAUCACCUUGGCCUCUUCGACCAUCUCCAAGAAGAUUAUUUUUGAGGGCAAGACUGCCGUCGGUGUCACCGUUAUUGGGCCCGACGACCGCGAGUACGAUUUCUACGCCAACCGUGAGGUUAUCGUUGCUCAGGGUGUUUACGAAUCCGCCAAGAUCCUCAUGCUGUCCGGUAUCGGUAUCAAGUCCGACCUCGAGGCUCUCAGCAUCCAAUGCGUUGUUGACUCAAAGCAUGUCGGCCAGAACCUUCAGGACCACCCUAUCCUGUCCCAUGUCUUCAAGAUUAAGGACGGUUUUGGCCUCGAUAAUCACCUCCUUCGCGCGGGUGCGGAGCACGAUGGUGCCAUUUCGUCCUACAGGAAGAAUCACAAUGGACCCCUCAGUUCGGGUCUACUGGAGCUCGUCGCCUUCCCUCGUAUUGACAAUCGUCUGGAGAACCACAAGCAGUAUCGCGAUUAUAAGGCGCAGAACGGUGGCAAGGACCCUUUCGGUCCCGACGGCCAGCCGCACUUUGAGAUCGACUUUGUCCCGAUGUUCGCCGAUGCCUUCCAAUGGCACUUCCCCACUCCGCCCACUGGUGAUUACAUGACCGUCAUUGUUGACUUGAUGCGUCCCAUCUCGCAAAACGGUGUGGUAAAACUCACCUCGACCGACCCCUUCGAGCAGCCUUACAUCAACCUCAACUUCUUCUCGCACGACCUUGACCUCAUCGCCCUUCGGGAAGGUGUCCGCUUUGUUGACGAUAUUCUCAUAAACGGCGAGGGCAUGAAGGACAUUGUUGAGGGCGACUACCCCUGGCCGAUGCCCCGAAAUUCAGACGAGGGCAUGAUCCGACAGAUCCUGGAAAGGUCGCAGACCGGUUUCCAUCCCUGCGGAACUGCUCGUAUCAGCAAGGACAUCGACCACGGUGUCGUCAGCCCCGAGCUCUCGGUCCACGGCGUCAAGAACCUCCGUGUUGCUGACGCCUCAGUCUUCCCUCUUAUCCCCGAUUGCCGUAUCCAGAACGUUGUGUACAUGGUCGGUGAGAAGGCUGCUGAUUUCAUCAAGGCCGCGCACCCGGACCUUUACAAAGAGGCAAAGUAAAUGUUGCGUGAUGUCGAAAGGACGAUCAUUGCGAAGCUGUAGAAUACGGAAGAUGUAGACUCGGUUAGGUAUGGAAUUUGAAAUGGGACUUGUUAGAAGGAUGCAAAUCG